UAUAUAUAUAUAUAUAUGCAUGCCAUGGCUACCGUACUAGAGAGAGCAUUGGGUUCAUUCAUAUCAGGCAUUGCAUACUGUUACUUUCGCUAUCGAGACAACCACAUAAUCAACAACUUGAACUACAACAUGACUAGGGGUCGUCCCCUUGCCUUGCAGACAGUGGAGCUGAAAGUAAGGAUGUGCUGCACAGGGUGCGAGAGAGUGGUCAAAAACGCCAUCCACAAGCUUAGAGGGAUUGACUCGGUGGAGGUGGAGUUGGAGAGGGAAAAGGUAACAGUGGUGGGGUACGUAGAUCGGAACAAGGUGCUAAAGGCAGUGAGGAGGGCUGGAAAGAGGGCUGAGUUCUGGCCCUACCCAGAACCCCCUCUCUACUUUACAUCAGCCAACAACUAUUUCAAAGACACAACUCACGAAUUCAAAGAGAGUUACAACUAUUAUAAACAUGGCUACAAUGUCGGGGACAAGCAUGGGACCAUUCCGAUCAAUCAUCGAGGAGACGACAAGGUCAGCAACAUGUUCAACGAUGACAACGUCAAUUCUUGCUGCCUCAUGUAACUCAUCAUGCAAUAUCAUCAUGUAUAUAUAAUAUAUAUAUAUACAUAUAAAAGAAUGUGCAUGCAUUUGUAUAUAUGCAUGUUAAUUUACCAUGCAUGCGCAUGAUCACCAAUAUGAAUAUCAUCUUCAUCGAUCCAUGUAAUAUAACUGCUGAUCAUCGAAUGAUUUUAUUUGGGUGUGAUUUGGAUGGAAAUGAUCCGUCAGUCUCUUUCGUUGUACUC